AGAAAACAGGAAAGAGAGAAGAAAAGGGUAAUGGAUGCAGGCAAAGCUGCAGCGGCUGCGGUUGCGGCUGUAAAGUGAUCAUCAAUCACCUUUCCCCAAAUGACACACCAUUCGUUGCUCUCAGAGGUCGGAGCCACAUAUUAUCCAGGUUCAGUUCAGCUCAGUUGUGGGUUCCAAUGGAGACUCGAUGAUUCUCCCUGAUUUCCAUUGAUACCCUUUACACAAACACACCAAUGGGGGACAGUUCCAGUUACAAAGAUUACGUUGCCGGUUUGAUUGCCGGCGUUGCCACUGUCAUUACCGGCCAUCCUUUUGACACCGUUAAGGUAAAGCUUCAAAAACAUAAUACCGAGUCGCGGGGGAUUACUUAUCGAGGUGGUCUGCAUUGCACUACUAGGAUACUGAAGACUGAUGGUGUGAGAGGACUUUACCGAGGGGCAACAUCAUCUUUCAUUGGAGUAUCGUUUGAGAGUUCCCUUCUUUUUGGAAUUUAUUCCCGGACUAAACAGUCAUUGCAGGGAGACCACCAAAAUGGUAGGCCACGGCCACAAGUAGUAAUUCCUUCUGCAGCUUAUGGUGGAGCUAUUAUCAGCUUUAUACUAUGUCCUUCUGAGUUAGUGAAGUGUAGGAUGCAAGUUCAAGGCACUGAUUCUCUUGUUCCAGUGUCCAGUAGAUAUAGCGGUCCACUCGAUUGUGCCCUUAAAACUAUAAAAACAGAAGGGGCUACUGGUAUUUUCCGCGGAGGGUUUACAACAUUUUUAAGGGAAUCAAUAGGAAAUGCUGUAUUUUUCAGCGUUUACGAGAACGUUCGGUAUUACUUGCGUACUCCUUCGAAUGUCCAUGGCAACUUAAUGGACAUGGGAAUUGGAAUUUUGACUGGUGGCCUUGGUGGUGUGGCUUUCUGGCUAGCUGUUUUGCCCCUGGAUGUUGCCAAAACCAUAAUCCAGACUUCUCCAGAUAAAAACGCCACUAGAAAUCCAUUUCUAGUCCUGCGCUCGAUAUACCAAAACGCUGGAAUUAGAGGAUGCUAUACAGGAUUAGGUCCAACCAUACUUCGCGCAUUUCCUGCCAAUGCAGCAGCAAUCGUCUGCUGGGAGCUAGCAAUGAAAGUUCUCGGUAUCGCCCGAGAUUAACUCAACUGUUUCCUCGCCUCUUCAAAUUUCAUGUUGUUUCUUUAGAGUAUGUUUUGAUGUUCCUGCUAUUGAAUGUAGACAUUCGUUCCUUAUUGUUUCGUUGAAUUAGAUUGAAAGUAAAUCAAAAGCUGAUAUGCUCCA